CCCAAUACACUACCAAACCUUUCCCAAAAGACUAGUAGAAGUUAGAGCCAACAAGAGUUCGUUUAGAGCCCGUUUAAGCUCCAUAACACCUCUAAAGUCUCGGUUCCUUACUAGUCUUCAACAAGUCCGUUUCACUUUCUCUCUCGAACUCGAGGCCCCCUCCUCCAGUUCUCCUCGCAUGUGCACCCUCCACCACCCUUCUCUGGUUUUCCCCUCUACCCCCUAAUACAAACCGCGUCUUGCCUUUCCAGUUCUUUGAAGUUUGAAGAAGAUAUCAAAAUCCCCUUAAAUUCUUGAAAUUCCAUUUUCUCUUUUAAACCCUACACACCCAAUUCUCGUUUUUUCUUCUCAGACCCAAUCCAAAUGGGUUUUCGCAAGCUUCCAUUUUUACUGUUUCUUGCGAUUUUCGCUUUACUGUUUCUGCAUUCAGUGUCUCAGGCCGGCGGCGACGAUGACGCUUCUGCCAUGCUGGCUCUCAAGAAGAGCCUAAACCCACCGCCGGAAAUGGGCUGGUCCGGCCCGGAUCCGUGCAAGUGGAGCCACGUGGUUUGCUCCGGCGACAAGCGGGUGACCCGCAUCCAAAUCGGGCACCAGAACCUUCAAGGUACUCUUCCUCCUGAACUCUCCAGGCUCACCCAGCUUGACCGCUUGGAGGUCCAAUGGAACAAUAUUUCUGGACCUUUGCCCAGCUUGAAUGGGUUGAGUUCAUUGCGAGUGUUAAUGCUUAGUAAUAAUCGCUUCAUCUCAAUUCCUAAUGAUUUCUUUGAGGGCUUAUCGUCUCUGCAGUCUGUUGAGAUUGAUAACAACCCUUUAGAUACUUGGCAAAUCCCUGAUAGCCUUAGGAACGCUUCGUCCCUGCAAAAUUUCUCAGCGAAUUCGGUGAAUUUAUGGGGAAGAAUUCCAGGGUUUUUCGACAGGGACGGGUUUCCGGGGCUGGUGAACUUGCAUUUGGCUCGUAAUAACUUGGUAGGGGAAUUGCCUUCAGGCUUUUCGGGAAUGUCCAUUGAGUCAUUGCAUUUAAACGGGCAGAAACUUGGGGGUGGAAUUGAUGUUUUGCAGAACAUGACAAUGUUGAAAGAGGUUUGGUUGCAUUCCAAUUCGUUUUCAGGCCCUUUGCCUGAUUUUUCUGGCUUUAAGGCUUUGCAAGUAUUGAACCUCAGAGACAACUCCUUUACAGGUCCAGUUCCAUUGUCAUUGGUGAACCUUGAUUCCUUAAAAGUUGUUAAUGUGACUAACAAUUUACUUCAGGGCCCAACUCCAAAGUUCAAAGACUCAGUUUCUGUUGAUUUGGUGAAAGAUACUAAUAGCUUUUGUUUGCCACAGCCCGGUGAUUGUGACUCUAGAGUAAACACAUUGCUUUUGAUAGCACAAUCCAUGGGCUAUCCUAAAAAAUUUGCUGAGAAUUGGAAGGGGAAUGACCCCUGCGCGGAUUGGUCUGGGAUUACGUGCAAAAAUGGGAAUAUCACUAUUGUUAACUUUCAGAAUAUGGGGCUUACUGGUACAAUUUCUCCUGCAUUCGCUUUGCUUAAGACACUACAAAGGCUAAUCCUUGCCAAGAAUAAUCUUAGUGGCAUAAUUCCAGAGGAGCUCACGAGCAUUGCCACCCUUACUGACUUGGAUGUAUCUAACAACCAGCUCUAUGGGAAGGUUCCAGCGUUUAGGAGUAAUGUGAUCGUGAAUACCAAUGGGAACCCCAACAUUGGUACAGACAAGAGUGAUGCAAAUUCUCCAGCCUCAAAUUCUCCUGGUUCAUCGAAUCCUGGAUCUGACGAGGGGGGAACUUCCCUAAAGUCUCCUAAGAAAUUUAAGAUUUGGAUUCUAAUAUUAGUUUCUGUAGUUGGCAGUGUUUUGUUGCUUAGUUUGAUGGGGAUGGUGGCUUUCUGUGUGUCCAAAAACAAAAAGGUGCGCUUUAGCAGAGUGCAGAGUCCUCCUGCUGCAAUGGUGAUCCAUCCUCGACAUUCUGGUUCUGAUAACAACAAUAGUGUGAAGAUCACUGUUGCGGGUUCGACUGAAAUGCACGCGGUUUCCAACAAUCAAACCACCGAGUUUGAAAUGGGCGAGGCUAGAAAUUUGGUGAUCUCAAUUCAAGUCCUAAGAAAUGUCACAAACAAUUUCAGUGAAGACCACAUAAUAGGCCGAGGGGGUUUUGGGACCGUCUAUAAGGGAGAGUUAUACGAUGGAACAAAGAUUGCCGUGAAAAGAAUGGAGUGUGGAAUCUUUUCUGGUAAGGGGCUAGAAGAGUUUAAAUCAGAAAUUUCUGUUUUGACAAAGGUCAGACAUAGGCACUUGGUUGCCCUACUUGGGUACUGCCUUGAUGAAAAUGAGAAGCUUCUUGUGUACGAGUUCAUGCCCCAAGGGACAUUAAGUAGGCAUCUUUUUGACUGGGCAGGGGAAGAGGAAGGGCUGAAGCCCCUCGAUUGGACAAAAAGGUUGACGAUCGCAUUAGAUGUUGCAAGAGGAGUGGAGUAUCUGCACAAAUUAGCACAUCAAAGUUUCAUUCACAGGGAUCUGAAGCCUUCAAACAUUUUGCUAGGAGACGAUAUGCGGGCCAAGGUCUCGGAUUUUGGUCUUGUUAGACUUGCCCCAGAAGGGAAAGGCUCCAUCCACACCAAGAUUGCCGGAACUUUUGGAUACCUUGCACCAGAGUAUGCAGUGACGGGAAGAGUAACAACUAAGGUGGAUGUAUACAGUUUUGGAGUGAUCCUGAUGGAGCUUAUCACAGGCCGGAAGGCCCUGGACGAGACCCAACCAGAGGAGAGCAUGCACUUAGUAACCUGGUUCAGGAGAAUGCAUCUGAACAAGGAGUCCUUCCGUAAGGCAAUAGACCCUACGAUUGAUUUCAACGAAGAAACACUGGCAAGCAUAGCCACCGUUGCUGAACUUGCCAGCCAUUGUAGUGCAAGGGAGCCACACCAAAGGCCUGAUAUGGGACAUGCCGUUAACGUCCUUUCUUCAUUGGUUGAGUUUUGGAAGCCGUGCGAGGAGAGCCCAGAGGAUGUUUAUGGCAUUGACUUUGACAUGUCCUUGCCUCAAGUUCUUAAGAAAUGGCAGGCGCUUGAAGGUAGCACAAGCCACGUGGAUUAUUCCUCCACGUCUUCUUAUGCUCUGGGUUUGGACAACGCCCAAACGUGCUACCCGUCCGCCCAUUUGGACAUAGCCCAAAACUCUGCAACUACUACUAUAGGCUUAAAUAGUAGUAGAUGACCAUGUCAGGUAGUUUUUGUCUUCUAACUUGUUUGAGUAUCAAUUUUUAAGUAUGAUGAUGCAAAUGUAAGAAUAUGAUCCGGGGAAGAGGGUGAAUAGAGUUAUGAUGAAUAUUGCACAAACUUUUAUAAGGGUAGUGUAG